AUGGAUUCUACUGUCAGUAACGCCAGCAAGCUGGAGAAACCAGUGUCUCUCAUAUGGGGGUGUGAGCUGAACGAACAGAACAAGACCUUUGUAUUUAAAGUGUCAGAUGAAGACAAAAGUGAGCAUCAGUUGGCGUUGAGGACAGUAUGUCUUGGAAAUAAUGCAAAGGAUGAGUUUCACAUAGUAGAAAUAGUCCCUCAAGAGGUAGAAGGAAGUGAGACAAAACCUGUUCCUAUUGCUACACUAAAGCCAUCUAUCCUACCAAUGGCUACCAUGGUGGGCAUUGAGUUGACUCCUCCAGUCACAUUCCAGCUGAAGUCUGGAUCUGGGCCAGUGUAUAUUAGUGGUCAGCAUGUUGCACUGGAAGCUGACUACUCCUGGGCAGAGGAAGAAGGUGAGGAGGAGGUGGAAGAGGAAGAAGAGGACGAAGAUAUAGAAUCUCCUCCAAAAGCUGUAAAGAGGCCAGCAGCUUCCAAAAAGGCAGGACAGGCAAAGGUAUGUGGUCGUUUUUUUUGUUUUUUUUCUCUUUUUUUCCCUCCUUUUUUUUUUUUUUUUUUUUUUCCCUUCUUAGAGAGAGCAGAUUGGCCUUCAUUGCUGCACAAGCAAUGUAGCCCAUUCGCACCAAUGGAUUUUUUUUUGCAGCAUAUAAAUGGACUCCAUUGUAAGUGA